AAGACUUCGGCUCGAAUUCGGAUCACGUCUUUGAUUUUUUUCUUUUGCUAAUAAAACACAUAUUGCUAAUAAAUAUAAUUUGAAGUUUUUUCAAUUGAUGUUACGGAUGUUACGCUGAGUCUGUGUUUUCCCCACCUUCUUGGUAAAAAACACAAAGUCACUAGAGAGUUGACCGACCUGCUUAUAGUUUACAAUUUUUCGUAUAGAUUUUGUGUAAGUCACAGAAUAACAGGUGUUAAUGCGAAAAUAUGUUCAGCUUUUUGAAUAAGCUUUUUAACGAUAGCGAUAGCGAUGAGGAAACAAUAACACACGAUAUCCCAGAAGCGUUGUUAUCUCGGGCACUUCAACGUAAUCCCAACUAUUUCAAGCAGUUUUCUGCCUUAAAAUCGAAUAAAAAAGAAUCGAUUUUGUGUAUGCCGAUUUAAAAAAAAUACCAUCUACUAAAAUUUGUUAGCUAUAGCAAAGACAAUUACGCCUCUAUUAAAAACACAGACAUGGGGGACAACUUAUUAGUAAAUGAGAAGCCUGAAUCAGCCUCAAUUCGCUAUACCAUAAGCAUUACCACAGCGAAAGCUCCUCAAGUUUUAGCAUUAGCUUACGCCAAAAGGGCCGAGAGUUUAUUUGCGUUUCACAAAUACGAUGAAUGCUUAGCUGACAUCGAGCGUGCACUUGUUCUCAGUUGUCCCCACAUUGUGAAUCUAGAAUUGAAUUCUGGGGUUCUGGGGUCUGGAUUGUAUCCGUUUUGCAGUUUAUUUAAUCAUUCUUGUUUUUUUAACGUCGAUUAUGUUCAUUAUGGCGCUACUAUUGUUUUGAGGGCCAUUCAUCCGAUUAAAAAAGGGAGUAGUGCUUUAUUAGCUACGGAGUCGAAUUCGGGGAUGCCCCCAAAUGCUUGUGAGAAGAAUUGACCAGAGGGUUACGAUUUGUUGCCUUUUAAGCUUCCCCUACAUUUAGAUUUGAAAAUGACCGAGUUUGAAGUUGCAACUUUGAAAGAAGCUAUUGCGAAAGGUGAUUCUGAUGUUGUGAAACAGUUUUUGCCACGUGUUACACAACAAAGUCAAAGGCACAACGUGUACAAGCCUUUGGGGAACACUAUGAACAUCAAAAAACUGAUCGAGAAAUGUCACAGGGUGUUGGCAAAUUGACGAAUUUAAUUUUUUAUUUUUGAAUGUUUUUUUUAGUUUAAUAAAAAUACCAUGUUUUGAUGUACUUGAAAACAAUUACCUCCACGUGUAAUUUUGGUUAUUACUUUUGUUUUAUACAUUUAUAAUGGCAUUUUUUGUUGAUAAAACGUAACUAUUCUCGUUUAUUUUCGUUUGUUACUUUAAUAAAAAUACCAUGUUUCGUUA